AGGAAGAGCCCCAAACGUGGCCGCCGGGGCUCCGCGGUCGUGCGGGAUAGGUUGCUGGCGGGGUUCGUGGUUACAUUUAAGGCAUACGCGUUGAGCCUCUUUGAAAAAGUGUUUAUUAUCUUAGGUAGACUCUUGGAGGUCCCGACAUGGCCAUCGAAAUUGAAUCCGCCGACGUUGUGCGACUUAUUCAGCAGUAUCUGAAGGAGAACAACCUGAUGCGCACACUUCAGACGCUGCAGGAAGAGACAACGACAUCACUAAACACCGUGGAUUCGGUGGACAGCUUCGUGGCAGACAUCAACAACGGUCACUGGGACACCGUUCUCAAGGCCAUACAGUCCCUCAAACUGCCAGAUAAAAAACUCAUCGAUCUCUACGAACAGGUGGUGCUGGAGCUGAUAGAGCUGCGCGAGCUGGGUGCAGCGCGCUCACUACUCCGCAACACGGACCCCAUGAUAAUGCUCAAGCAGCACGAGGCGGACAGAUACGUGCAUCUGGAGAACCUGCUGGCGCGCUCCUACUUCGACCCGCGCGAGGCGUACCCGGACGGCUCGAGCAAGGAGCGGCGCCGGGCGGCUAUCGCGCAGGCGCUGGCCGGCGAGGUAUCGGUGGUGCCGCCCAGUCGCCUGCUGGCGCUGCUCGGCCAGGCCAUGAAGUGGCAGCAGCACCAGGGCCUCCUGCCGCCCGGCACCCAGAUCGAUUUGUUCCGAGGCAAGGCCGCCAUUCGUGAACAGGAGGAGGAGACCUACCCCACGCAGCUCUCCAAGCAGAUCAAGUUCCGCAAGACGCACCCCGAGUGCGCCGCCUUCUCGCCGGACGGCCAGUACCUGGUGACCGGCACCGUGGAUGGCUUCAUCGAGGUCUGGAACUUCACCACGGGCAAGAUCAGGAAGGACCUCAAGUACCAGGCGCAGGACAACUUCAUGCUGAUGGAGGAGGCGUGCCUGUCGCUGGCCUUCAGCCGCGACUCGGAGAUGCUGGCCUCUGGCAGCCAGGAGGGCCGCGUCAAGGUCUGGAAGAUCGCCACCGGCCAGUGCCUGCGCAAGUUCGAGCGGGCGCACACCAAGGGCGUGACGAGUAUGCAGUUCUCGCGUGACAACAGUCAGCUGCUGAGCACGUCCUUCGACAACACGCUACGCAUUCACGGUCUGAAGUCGGGCAAGACGCUGAAGGAGUUCCGCGGGCAUACCUCGUUCGUCAACAGCGCUACAUUCAGUGUGGACGGACACUGCGUGAUCAGCGGGUCUUCGGACGGCACUGUCAAGAUCUGGAACGUCAAGACCACCGAGUGCAUCAACACGCUGAAGCCGCUGGGCGGCGUCAGCUGCGAGGAGUGCCACGUCAACGCAGUGGCGCUGUUGCCCAAGAACCCCGAGCACUUUGUCGUCUGCAACCGCUCCAGCACCAUCGUCAUCAUGAACAUGACCGGACAGACGGUACGCUCGUUCAGCACGGGCAAGCGUGAGGGCGGCGACCUGGUCUGCUCGGUGGUGUCGCCGCACGGCGACUGGAUCUACGCAGUGGGCGAGGAUCUGGUGCUAUACUGCCUGUCCACCACCUCGGGCAAGCUGGAGAGGACGCUCAACGUGCACGAGAAGGACGUCAUCAAUGUGACGCACCAUCCCCACCAGAACCUGAUCUGCACCUUUAGCGAGGACGGCCUGCUGCGACUUUGGAAGCCGUGAACGUAGCGCCGGCCGUCCCAUUUCAUCACCUCUCAUCCGACGUGUGGCUGGCACGCGGUGACGUGUGGCUGGCGCGCGGUGACGUGUGGCUGGCACGCGGUGACGUGUGGCUGGCGCGCGGUGACGUUUGGCUGGCGCGCGGUGACGUGUGGCUGGCACGCGGUGGCGUGUGGCUGGCGCGCGGUGACGUGUGGCUGGCACGCGGUGGCGUGUGACUGGCACGCGGCGACGUGUGGCUGGCGCGCGGUGACGUAUGGCCGGCGCGCGGUGACGUAUGGCCGGCGCGCAGCAGUGUGGAACCCUGCGUCACGCGUGUGAUGGUCAAUACACUCCUCACAAAGACAA